AUCAUCACCUCAUCCAUUCUAUCAAUCAUGGCACCUGUUGCUAUUGACAAUCAAACAAGUACAAACAGUACUCAUCACGCCAAAUCCACCAAGGGAGAAAGUGUUCCCGCUCCUUCCGCAUUCACACUCGAUUUCAGUCAAUGGAUCGGACCUAGCGCCACAGAAUCAUCAAAAAGUACAUUUGUUCAUCAAUUACGUGAAGCAAGUGCAGGCUUAGGAUUCUUUUAUCUUCUCAAUACUCCAUUAGAUCAAGGAAACCUACGUAAAAGAAUUUUUGAUUUGAAUGAAAAGUUUUUUGCUUUGCCUUUACAUGUUCGACAACGAAUUUCAAUCGUAAACAGUCCUCAUUUUAGAGGAUUUUCAAAAUUCGGUGAUGAACGUACACAAAGUAUGGUAGAUCAUCGUGAUCAGAUCGAUUAUGGUCUAGAAUAUGCUCAAGGCGUUCAGGAUGACUCACUCUUACAGCAAUAUCCUUUCUUACAUCUCCUCGGCCCUAAUCAAUUCUUGCCCGAUGAAGUCUUGCCAGGACACCGUGAAUUGGUUUUGCGUUGGCUUGAUAUUUGUCAAAAUAUCUCACUUUCUCUCACAGAGGCACUAGAGGCUGCAUUGGGAGCACCUAAAGGAUCUUUGGUACAAUUUCUUACCGGACAAUCCGAAGAUCAAACAUCUUCUACCGCUCAUAAAUAUGCACGAAUGAAAACUAUUCGUUAUCCGCGUGCGGCAAACAUUGAUGGCGUUCAACGUUUACAGGGUAGCACUCAAGGUGUUGGAGCACACAAAGAUGGCGGCUGGAUCACAAUCUUGGCCACAAGUCCACAUCGCGGACUGCAAGUUCAAUCAUACAAUGGCGAUUGGAUUGACGUCGAUCAUCAUCCAAACGCAAUGAUUGUAAAUUUUGGUCAACAGAUCGAACGUGUAAGCAGAGGUGCAAUCACAGCUGCUGCACAUAGGGUACUGUCUCAUACAGAAGAUUCGGAACACUCGGCAAAUCUGCCAAGUGGCGAUCGUUAUUCAGUCGCCUACUUUAGUACGCCUGCUUUGAAUGUGGUCGUCAAAUCACUCCCUUCUGAUUCUCUUUCGCCAGAAGUUCUUUCCAUCUGGCAAAAAGCUCAAGAGGAAAGAAAGAAAGCAGGCUUGGAUACGGUCGUAACAGAUAUUCCAAAAGGCGAUCUAUGGGGACGGGAGGAUGAUGUGUUUGGUUUCCAAGCUUGGAAAGGUAUCGUUCGAAGUCAUCCAAAUGUGGUUGAAAGAUAUAAUUAUACAGCUUGAAUCGAGCUGAUUAGCCAGCUCUUGUACUAUAUUACACUUGUAUACAUAUUAAGUCACAGAUCUCGAUUUCUAUUGGAAUUUAUUCAUCACCGCGUGAUCUUUUCGUGGGAGGAAGUGCGGUCGUAUCUUCUUCGCCUGUCUCAAUUGAUGGAGAUUCAGCUUUACGUUUCCCACUGAUGAUUUCAUCCCUUUCAGCUUUCUUUGCCGAUCUUUUCCGUAUUUCGUCAACUCUUCUGUUCACCUCUCUUCGAAUUUC